UGUCUUCUAUAUCGAGUCUCACACCACAUUGAACGCUAACAAAAAAAAAAGUUGAAAUGAACAUUAAUUUCAAUUCCGCUAUUCAACUCCGAAACUGAAACCCAAACAACGAUAGAAAAUGUUACUGAACUGGGACUAGUUUUAGUUUCCGUUGCGAAUCGUGCAUCUUUCAAUCUCAACCGUUUGUUUCAUCUUUCGUUAAUUCAACAACAGCCGUGGAUGGGACAAGCAGCUUCCACUGCCGCCGUCGCCAACCGCCGGGAAAGAACCACCGCGAAAACCACCAGAUCUACCUCUUUGGUUUCUCCGAUGAACGCUACCGAAGAAGAUGAUGAUGAUAUUAGACAUCCGGUUGACCGUGGAAUUUCUGAUUAUAUAUCAGAUCUACCUGACGAGUGUUUAGCGAUUGUGUUUCAGUCGUUGAGCCCAGCCGAUCGGAAUCAGUGUUCACUCGUUUGCCGGCGGUGGUUGAUUGUUGAAGGACAGAGUCGGCAGCGUCUUUCGUUAAACGCGAAACUGGAUCUGCUUCCGGUGAUUUCGUCUCUCUUCAAUCGAUUUGAUUCGGUGACGAAACUUGCUUUGAAAUGCGAUCGUAGAUCCGUGAGUAUAAGAGAUGAAGCUCUCGUUAUAAUCUCCGAGCGUUGCCCUAAUCUCACGCGCCUUAAGCUCCGCGCGUGUCGUGAGCUUACGGAUGCUGGAAUGGAAACUUUCGCGAGGAAUUGUAAAGGAUUGAAGAAAUUAUCGUGUGGAUCUUGUACUUUUGGAUCUAAAGGUAUGAACGCGGUGCUGGAUAAUUGUGCUGCUCUUGAGGAAUUGUCGGUGAAGCGGCUCCGGGGGAUUGCGGAGACUGCGGUGGCGGAGCCGAUUGGGCCGGGUGUAGCGGCGGCGUCGCUCAAGACGAUUUGUUUGAAGGAGCUUUAUAAUGGACAGUGUUUUGGUUCGUUGAUUCUUGGUGCGAAGAAUCUGAAAACCUUGAAGCUUUUUCGAUGCUCGGGUGAUUGGGACACGCUUUUUACGCUUAUGGCGGAGCGUGUCACGAGCAUGAUUGCUGAUGUUCACUUUGAGAGGCUUCAGAUUAGUGAUAUUGGAUUACAAGCUAUUUCACAUUGUUCGAAUUUGGAGAUUUUGCAUCUUGUUAAGACACCUGAGUGCACUGAUUUGGGACUUGUUGCGAUUGCGGAGCGGUGUAAGUUGUUAAGGAAGCUUCACAUUGAUGGAUGGAAAGCGAAUCGGAUCGGUGACGAAGGGUUAAUAGCGGUUGCUAAGUUUUGCCCUAAUCUACAAGAGUUGGUGCUUAUUGGUGUUAACCCUACAAAAGCAAGUUUGGAAAUGUUGGCAUCUAAUUGCCCUAAUCUAGAGAGGUUGGCUUUGUGUGCAAGUGAUACUGUUGGUGAUCCGGAGAUAUCAUGCAUUGCUGCAAAGUGUUUAGCUUUAAAGAAACUCUGCAUUAAGAGCUGUCCUGUUUCUGAUCAUGGAAUGGAAGCUUUGGCGAAUGGGUGUCCCAAUUUGGUGAAAGUGAAGGUUAAGAAAUGUAAAGGCGUUACCCCUGAGGGUGGAGAUUGGUUGAGGCUCACUCGGGGAUCAGUUGCUGUUAAUUUGGAUACUGUCGAAGCGGAACUUCAAGAUGCUAGUGCUAGUGAUGGUGGAGCACAAGACAAUGCUAUAGAGUUUCCUCCAAUGCCUGUCUGCGCAGCAGCAUCUACAUCGGGAAAUAUUGCAUCAAGAAGUACUGUUCGAUCGGCUUCGUUCAAGCAAAGGUUAGGACUUUUAUCUGGGAGGAAAAUAGUGGCUAGUACUUUGAGAAGAUGGUCAGGUGGUAGCACUAGUGCCCGCCAUGGUUAGAGCCAGAGAGCAUAAGGAAGCUGUCUGUCUUCGACCAUUAUAUUAUUAUUUGUUUUGUAUCAUUUGAUUUUCUAUAUGUUGUACUCUUACAUUUGAAAUUUAUGCCGUGUGAUGUUAAUUUGCUUUUGAAUUGAAUCUUCACGGUUGAAGUUUCAAUGACAUUUUUCUCUUUA